AUGGCGUCCGGCAAUGCUGCUACUCCUGCGUUCAGCUACGAGCCCUCACCAUGGAUCGACUUCUUUGCUGGAUAUGAGCCACCGCCGUUACAGAAAUCCAAGCAGUGGAUGACGCUUAGGGCAAAAAAACUGAAGGAAGACAUAUGUAUGUUGUUUAAAUCCAGCAAUGACACAGUGGUAAAAAUGUCCUUAGUGGAUAAACUACAACAUCUCGGAAUCGAUCACCUCUUUGAAGACCAGAUUGACACCGCUAUGUGGCAAAUCCUGAAGAGUGAAUUUAGUAACUACAACCUCUAUGAAGUUGCCCUUCGGUUUCGCUUGCUGAGGGAACAUGGAUACUGUGUAUCUCCAGAUGUUUUCAAUCGAUUCAAAAGUGAAGAUGGAAGCUUCAUUAAUGAUAUAACAAAUGAACCCAGGACACUAUUAUGUCUAUACAAUGCAUCUCAUCUUCUAAUUCAUGGUGAGCCAGCACUUGAAGAAGCCAUAGCUUUUGCAAGGCAUCAUCUUGAGUCAUGUAGUGGUAGUUUAAAGACCCCACUUGCUCAACAAGUCCAACAUGCCCUUCAGAUACCAAUGCCAAGGACAAAUAAGAGGGUGGAAAUGCUACAUUAUAUCCUAGAGUACGAACAAGAGGAGCAUAACCCAAUCCUACUGGAGCUUGCCAAAUUGGAUUUCAACCUUCAGCAAAAUGUCCACUUGAAGGAGCUCAAAGCUAUUACCAGGUGGUGGAAGCAUUUUUUCGGAUAUAUCGAGCUAAGCUUUAUCCGCGAUCGUGUGGUGGAGGGUUAUACAUGGGCCUCUGUGUUGUACUAUGACACAAAAUUUGAGCUCACUCGAAGUAUGAUCACAAAGAUGAUUGUACUAAUUACCACAUUAGAUGACAUAUAUGAUAACCAUGCCACCCUAGAGGACAGUUGGAAGCUACAUGAAGCAAUACAAAGAUGGGAUAAGAGCGCCGCUUUUCUCCUGCCGGAGUACUUGAAGAAGUUCUAUAUGGAGAUGCUGAGGACAUUUGAGAAUAUUGAGGCUGAAAUGCUAGCCAAUACGAACUACGAUAUAGCACACCUGAAAAAAGCGGUCCAAAAUAACGUGACUGGUUACCUACAAGAAGCGAAAUGGUCACACAGGAACCACAAGCCAAGCUUUGUAGAUCAGGUCAAGUUGACUAGUCUGAACAUUGGUGUGCCAACGAUAUGUGUGAGUAUGAUGGCUGGAAUGAGUGAUGCAAUGAUGAAGACAGCACUCAAAUGGGCUGCUAGUGUCCCGGAUGUCGUCAUAUCAGUUGGGAAGAUUUCCCGUUUCAUGAAUGAUAUCGGUGCAUUUGAGCGUCGAAAAUGCAAGGGGGAGAUGGCAAGCACUGUAGAGUGUUACAUCAAUGAGUACAACGUGACAAGUGAAGUGGCCAUUACCAAAACUGUUGCCCUGAUAGAACAUGAAUGGAAGACCCUGAACCAAGCUCGCUUUCAAAAUCAUCUCCCUGCAUUGCAGCAGUUCAUUAGCUUAGCGAUUAGCACAACAUUUUUCUAUGGUAACAGAAAUGAUAUAUACACUGGGUGA